AUGGGAUACAUUCGCUUCAUCUCCACGACCAUUGUUCAACCCACAUUCCACAAUGAACUUACGCAGAGGAUUGAGUUAACUCCAUGGGAUCUACAGCUCAUCCUAUUAGAUCACAUCCAAAAGGGCCUUCUCUUCCACAAACCAAAAUCCAGUACCUAUGAGCAAGACCCCAUCACAAGCUUGACUGAACACCUAAAACACUCCCUCUCCCUCACCUUAGACAUCUUCUAUCCCCUUGCUGGCCGUCUUGCAAUUACCGAAAAUGAGGACGACAACACCACCUCUUUCUCCGUAGACUGCAAUGGCGCCGGAGCUGAGUUUGUCCAUGCAGUUGCCGAUGGUGUCACGGUGGCCGAUAUCCUUGACUCUGUUUUGGUUCCUGAUGACAUUGUUCACUCAUUCUUUCUGAUGAAUGGGGUUUUGAACUACGAAGGCAGUGGAUCCAAACCCCUGCUUGCAGUGCAAAUAACUGAGUUGGUUGAUGGCAUUUUCAUAGGUUGCACAAUGAACCACUCUGUUGUUGAUGGGUCAUCAUUCUGGCAUUUCUUCAACACUUGGUCUGAAAUCUCUCGACGUGGUAGUACUAAUUGUGGCAAAAUUUUGCAACCUCCUCCUGCUUUUGGCCGCGAAUUUCUCAACGGCAUGAUUGAUCUCCCGGUUCGCCUUCCAAACUUUCAAAACAAAAUCCCGAAAAUUAGGUUUUCAGCACCACUUCUUCAACAAAGAGUGUUCCAUUUUUCCAAGCAAAAAAUUGCAAAGCUCAAAGCGAAAGCCAAUGCCGAAAUGGGCACCACCAGGAUCUCAUCCCUUCAAGCACUCUUGGCUCAUCUUUGGGUGUCCGUGACUCGCAACCAGCGUCUCGAAACUGAUCAAGAGACCCAGUACAAAGUGCUAGUAGGCAUGAGGCAGAGAUUGCAGCCACCAUUGCCAGACCAAUACCUUGGAAAUGCUGUUCUAUUCGGCAUAGUAACAUCCACAGUAGGCGAGUUGCUUGAGCGCGGACUAGGCUGGGCGGCUUGGGAAAUGAACAAGACGAUUUCUUCACAAACAGAACAAGAUGUAAGGAAGCUGUUGGAGGGUUGGAUAAAAGAUCCUAAAGUGCCAAAGCUUGAUGGCUUGGCAAGCAACUCAUUGUUGACAGGAAGCUCACCGCGGUUCAAUGUGUUUGGCAACGACUUUGGUUGGGGACGGCCUCUGGCCGUUCGAAGUGGCGUUGGGAACAAAUUUGAUGGGAAGUUGACUGUGUAUCCUGGGGCUGAAGAUGGAAGUAUUGAUUUUGAAGCUUGCCUUUUGCCUCAGACACUACAAGCUUUGGCACACGACGCAGAGUUCACGGCCAGUCUGGCUGCUUGA